AUGGAGUUUAUCGCAUUGCCGUCCAUGUAUAAUAGUCCCUCUAAUGAGAUACUUUUCGGCAGCUCAGGUUGCUGGGAAGGAAAACUCAGCUCUCGUAUUGGGCAUGCCUGCCAGCUUGAUAUCGACCAAGUGGCUGAGUUCCCUCGAGCUACAAGCGUUGUCUGCUCUCUUGGUGCGUCAUGGUUUUCAGCGGAGGGUAUCAAGACGAUGAUUGAUAAUGGAAUGAACAUGUUGAGGUUGAAUUUAAACACGCUUUCGAGGGAAAUGUGUCUCGAAGCCGUAAAGACUGUUCGAAAACUCGAAGAACUUUCAAAUUACAAGCAUUGUGUGGCUAUUGUAAUGGAUGUGACUGUUGAAUCCAUCCGAACAGGAUUCUUUCAAGGGGGACCCAAAUCAGUGGUAGUGUUUAAUGAGGGUGACAAAGUGCAGCUGACGAUGGAUGAAAGCAUUCGAAAUGACUGCACUAAGGAACGAAUGUUCAUCGACACGUCGAACUUCCCUCAGAUGAUUCAUAACGUUUACAAGGGAGAUCGUAUCUUCCUUGGUGAUGGUCUUGUUUGCAUGAUCGUCAAAGAAAUCGGAAUGGAUUACAUUAACUGUCUGGUUGAAGAGGGAGGCCCGGUUACCGGAUACCAGCGUGUCAUCUUGCCGCGUGAGCGUUUGUACCAUCGAUCCAUCGAAGCCAGUUACCUCAAAGAUUUAGCUUUUGCUGCUGAAUGCAACGUCGAUUUUGUCUUCACUAGUUACGCUGACAAUGCUCAAAUGAUUUUGGACGCGAAGUCCCGCCUUCCAACUGGCACUAAAGUUUUUGCCAACAUCGAAACCAAGGCAUCAGUCCGCAAUCUGGCGGAAUUAAUUGAGCAUGCUGACGGUAUUGUUGUGUCGCGUGCGGCCUUGGGCUUGGAGUUUCCUCCGGAGAAAAUAUUCAAACUACAAAAAUACAUCAUCGCACACUGCAACGUCGCGAGAAGACCCGUGUUUGUGAUUGCUCAGCUGCUUGAAUCAAUGUACAACAAACCUCGACCCACACGCGCCGAGGCCUCUGAUGUGGCCAACGCUGUACUCGAUGGCGCCGACGGUCUAAUUCUCACUUCUGAAACAUCCAAAGGCAUCUACCCCCACGACGCCGUCAAAUUUAUGCACCAAAUCUGUCGUGAAGCCGAACGUGCCAUGUUCCACAAAACGAUUCGUUCUGAACUAAAUGCGUACCGAGCGUCCAUGGGGCUUUGCAAGCGCAAUAUCUCUCACGUUACCGCCUUGUCCGCGGUCGAAGCAGCUGAGAAUAGUAACGCCAAGGGUAUCUUCGUUAUCACAACUACUGGCGAAUCAGCGAUCUCGGUUGCCUGUGCUGGUCCCUGUUGCCCCGUGAUCGCGAUAACUCGCCACCCCGAGGUCGCCAGGCACUGUCACGCCUAUCGCGGCGUCUUUCCCUUUGUGUACACAGGCGAGCGUUUGCAAAGCUGGUCGGCGGACGUGGACCUGCGUUUGAACGCCGCCGUGAAAUUCGCUCGUUCCGAGGGCAUCGUCAAGCCCCAGGACACCGUGGUCAUCGUCACCGGCACGAUAGCUGGUACGGGACGCACCAACACUAUGCAAAUCUUUAAGGUACCCGGUGAGAAAAAUCGGUUGGAGGUGGUCUCGUCCAAGUCAAAAUUGGUCUAUCCCGAUGUUGACCUUGAGGCGCUCCGGCUAGCCAAUGGGCACGGCGACUUGAGGGGACCAACUGGCGUCGACCUGCCCCGUUGUCCGCUUUAA